UGCUGAGCAAGUAACAUAUAUGGAGCUUAACAGAAACAGAGCCUUUUCUUGAAAGAAUUCACAACACAAAGACAUUAAAUUACCAUAAUCACUGUAUCCACUCAACGAUUUAAUGAAGAUGAUGAACCGAAGAUAUGCUGUACUGCUUUCAGUAUUCAUCUGUCAAGUUUAUACCAUGCUGGCUCAGGACUGUCCCAGUAAGCAAGAUCUACAGAACUCAAUUCAGCAGGCUCACAAACUACUUUCAGCACAGGAAGCUUCGUAUCUGCAGAGUCUUCGUACUUUGAAGAAGAAACUGAACCUACUGCAUCACAGUGUUGCACGCCUGCCUGCUAAAGCAAAGAAUUUCACUUGUCCUAACCUGGAUGCUCCUGUCAAUGGAAAAAAGCUGGGCAAGAUUCUGUUUCCUGGCCAUGAAGUUCAUUUCCUGUGCGAUGUGGGCUUUGAGCUGGUGGGUUCAGAGACGCGGCAGUGUAAAGAUUCGCUCAGCUGGAGCGGUCAGCAGCCUGUCUGCAAAGAUAUUGAUGAAUGUCUUUCAUCACCUUGUGCCAACGGAGGAACGUGUACAGACAAGGUCAAUGGAUUUAGCUGUGUCUGUGCUAAGGGCUGGGCUGGACCGAUCUGCCAGUCUCCAACUCCAACAUUUUUUGUCACUAUGGCGAACACAUCUCCUGUCAGCGCUGGAGCGGCAGCCACAUCCUCUUUCCCUCUGACACACACGUCUGCGCUCACCCGUUCGUCCAGAUGCAGUCAAGUUCAGGGAACAACCCACUGCACCUGUGAGCCUGGAUUCACCAUUUCUGCCCAUGACAACAGCGUCUGCACAGACAUUGAUGAGUGUAAACUGUUCCACAAUGGGCAGGCCGGACGUCUGUGUUUGCACACGUGUGUUAACACUGCUGGUGGAUACCGAUGCACCUGUCCUGCUGGUUACAACAUGACCCGUGACGGCCGGAACUGCAAAGAUAUUGAUGAAUGCAGCACCAGGCAAAACAACUGCACGCGCGAGCAGCUCUGCAUCAACACCUAUGGAGGCUUUCAGUGCGCUAAAGUGGAGUGUCCACAGAUACGUAACGCCACCUAUGUCAAAACAUCUCCAUUGCGCUGUGAGAGGAACCCGUGUCCAGUGGACAGCAGGACCUGUUUUCAGGCACCAAACUCUGUGUCCUUCCACUACAUGUCUGUGGUGUCCAACCUCUCUGCUCCACGGGUCAUGUUCCGCGUGUCGGCCAUCAGAAUGAUAGGAGACACGCUGCGGUUCGCAUUACUGGGCGGCCGCGCCAGGCGUCAUUUUGCCGUGCAACGCUCUGAUCGUCAGACGGGGGAACUGCUGCUGACGAGUCCUGUACAGGGUCCCACAACGCUGGACGCAGAGGUGGAGAUGAGUGAACUGGAAAGGAGAGAACUGCUAGGGCGUUACAUCACCAAAAUUACCAUUUUCGUCUCACCAUAUGAGUUUUAGAGUUAAGCUACUUGCAUUUAGAAGAAAUCUGACUACUUAGUUUGUGUAUUAUUCUUACACAUAUUUUGAAACACAGACUGAAACAGAGUAGGGGAGACAGGGGGCAAUUGUAACCAGUGUUUGGGAAAGUUACUUUUAAAAGUAAUGCAUUACAAUUGUUUUAAAUCUGGGCAGGGUUUGCUUGUUCGUUUAUAAUAUAAAAAUUUAUAAUUUUGGCAAACGUAAAAACCCUUUCACACAAAAAGUGAAAUGAAUCCUGAUUCUGAGGUAUGAAACUAACUUUUUGGAUGUACAUUUUUCUUCUGCAGUUUAUAUGACUGUGAAUUUAAACUUACAUAGAUUUUAUCUCUAGGAUAUUGAUAAAAGUUACCAUGAACAGUUGUGUUACAAUUGCCCCCAAGCCACAUGGCCCAGUGUAAGUACCUUGUUUGUCUGUGUUGGCAUUCUUUUCUGUUGGAAAAUGAAGAUAUUUAAAACUAUAUUUAAAAUGAUUAGUGUUACAUAUUAAAGGGGUCAUAUGAUGUUGCUAAAAAGAACAUUAUUUUGUGUAUUUGGUGUAAUGAAAUGUGUUAACGCAGUUUGAGGUUCAAAAAACACAUUAUUUUUUACAUACCGUACAUUAUUGUUGCUCCUCUCUGUCCCGUUUUUCUAAAAGGUGUCGAUUUUUACAAAGCUCAUCGUACUGAAAAACACGGUGUGCUCUGAUUAGCCAGCUAUUCAGUGCAUUGUGAGCACAGCAUCUCAAGUCGUAACACAAGUCGUAGCUCUCAGAAGACUCCCAGUUCAUAAAUUGUAAUUAAAAGUUCUACAAGGACGUGAACGCUUUUUACAGGUUGGAAUCUCGGGAAUUCCGACAUAGCAUGAAUGCACCUUUGUGCAUAUCUUCCCUUCCCACAACGUGACGUAGACAUGUGGGGGCGUGUUUGAAUGAACCAUUUUAGGAAGGCAUGGCUGAGUCUUAAGAAUAUCUCUUUUGGAUUGAGACUUUAAUCUUUGCAACUUUACAGAUCUUAUAUAUGCACAAACAGCUUGUAACACUCCAAAGACAAAGGAAAACAUGAAAUGGCAUCAUAUGACCCCUUUAAAGAACGUGUUGCUUUUAAAACAUUUUAAAAAUACAAUGAAUAUUAUCUCCACACUUUUGCUCUUUAAAAGCAUAUGAUGUCUUACAUCUAAAAUAAUUUGAAUCAUAUAAUAAAAGUUUUAAGUAACAUUAUUAAACACUACAGCAGUAAAGUGAUUACUUUGAGGUUGGCUUUUAUUUGAGAUACAGUGGGUUAUUAUGACUUAUUUUUCAGUGUUACAAUCGCCCCCACCAAGGGGGCAGUUGUAACACUCUAACUUCUUGCAUUUAAUUUAAUAUUAUAGUCUUGUCCUUAUUAGUGAAAAUAUAUCAAUUGUAUUAUUAAUUAGUGCACCUAUAGUUCUUUCUUAUAUCAGAAGAUGACUGGUGUAUUUUAAGUAGUCUGUGAGUUAUAAAGGAAAAUGUAAAAAAUGUUACAGUUGCCCCCUACAUGAGUAGUUUUAUAGCAUUUUGUAAUCAGCUCCACUCUGGGUUUCUCUUACUCUGAAAAACUGCUUGACCAAUCAAAUUGGAAGAUCAGAACCAGCAACAAUAACUGGUACAGUCGUAACUAUUACGUUGCUUAAAGCCAAAUGUGUGUAUGUAGUUAGACAUGUUUGUCAUAAUGAAUAUAGUUGUCAUACAACAUGAUUAAUAUAAGAGGGACCAUAAUCAUCUGUAAUCUAUUUAUUUUAAGCUUUGACCUAUGAAUAAGAUGUACUUUUUCUUUCUAAUAUAUGCUUUUUUUGUCGUUUUAAUGUUCGUG